CAGCAUUCAACACGCGCACCAUCGCUCUAAUACAAAGUGGGCUUAAGCCAACAAGGCUGCAGAACCACAUUCAAUUCGUUUAUUUUAAGUACUGCCGAUCCUUCUAGUCGGUGCUUGGACCUCAAGCGUCACCAUGUCGACGACUCCGGCCCCCAAAAACAGAGCGUCCAGCCCAACGGUGUUCGAGCAGCAGCGGGCAGAAUUCGUGCGGGAGAUUGCGGUGGGCAUGGAGCAAGUCCUCCAAAACAUCAACCGGCUGAAUCGGAACCUAGAGAGCAUUAUCUCUGUGGGAAAUGAAUUCGGCUCCGUCGAGGCUCUGUGGUCGCAGUUCGAAAAUUUCAUGGGCCAGCCUGGAGACGAGACCGAGGCUCAGGAUCGGCAAAAAGGUGCCCAUCCGGAUGAGGAUCAUAGCCAGCUUCAUGAACAGGAGCUGGGAGAUGGCGAGGACAGGUGAAUUCACGGCUAUUCUUGAAUUAGGUGCUUGGCGUAUGUUAGAGGUGUCUCUUUUUUUCUCCAUUGUUUAUCUCUACACUUUACUGCGGUUGCUAUCGGAAAUCGGGAUACCAAACGAGGAAUGACAGAAAUAUAAGAUUGACAAGUUCAAUAAGCAAGU